GUGGACGGUGAAUGCAUUGCCACUGGCUUUGCCCGGAUUGGGGAAUCGGAAUAGCAUCUGUGUAUAAAUAUACUGCCAGUGUUCUUGCUCGCUCUCAUUUAGGGCUUCGUUUCUCCUCUUUUUUCCUGACAGAUCAGAUUCGGUUGAGUUAUGGCCUCUGGAGCAGAAGCUGAAACGGGUCUUUGUAGUGAAAAUGUACUAGAAUGGGCACAAAAAGACAAGCGUCGCAUGCUUCAUGCUGUUUAUAGAGUUGGGAAUCUUGAUCGAACCAUAGAAUUCUACACAGAAUGCUUUGGCAUGACGCUAUUGAGGAAAAGAGACAUUCCAGAAGAGAAAUAUUCAAAUGCUUUUCUUGGGUUUGGGCCUGAAGAGUCUCACUUUGUGGUAGAGUUGACAUAUAAUUAUGGAGUGGAGAGUUAUGAUAUUGGCACAGGCUUUGGACAUUUUGCAAUCGCAAGCCAAGAUGUCUAUAAAUUGGUUGAAGACAUACGAGCCAAGGGUGGUAAGAUUACACGUGAACCAGGUCCUGUAAAAGGUGGGAAGACAGUCAUUGCUUUUGUGCAGGAUCCAGAUGGCUACAUUUUUGAGCUUAUCCAGAGGGGCCCCACUCCUGAACCUCUGUGUCAGGUUAUGCUACGCGUGGGUGAUCUGGAUCGUUCUAUUAAGUUCUAUGAAAAGGCCUUGGGAAUGAAGUUACUGAGGAAGUCUGAUAACGCUGCGUACAAGUACACUAUAGCUAUGAUGGGGUAUGCGGAUGAAUAUGAGACGACUGUUGUGGAGCUGACGUAUAAUUAUGGUGUGACCGAGUACACAAAAGGAAAUGCUUAUGCACAGAUUGCUAUUAGCACUGAAGAUGUGUACAAAAGUGCUGAGAUGGUUAACGCAGUUACCCAAGAGCUAGGAGGGAAGAUAACUCGGGAACCAGGACCGAUUCCCGGAAUCAACACCAAAAUUACCUCUUUUCUUGAUCCAGAUGGCUGGAAAGUGGUAUUGGUCGACCACUCCGAUUUCCUGAAGGAGCUGCAGAAGGAAGAGUGAUCAAUGGAAAUGAGAACAACCGUUGGUACUGCUAAUUCACUAUAGUAUGCAUGCAUGUAA